AUGCUCUCCAAACUACUUCUCCUCCUCUGCUUCAGGCUGUGUGUCGGCCAAGCAGACGGAGGAAGAGCUGAGGCGCUUCCCAAGCCCUCCCUCAGGGCCUGGCCCAGCUCGGUGGUUCCCACCGGGAGCUCUGUGACCCUGCGAUGCGGGACUCCCACCAGGGACGUAAGCUUCGCUCUCAGGAAGGCGGGGAGAGUCUGGGAGAUGGUCCAGUCACCCGACUCCACAGAGGGCCAGGCUGAAUUCCAUCUCUCCGAUGUAAAGUCCAGCCACGCGGGAGAGUACACCUGCGAAUACCACAGGAGGGGGAACCCCCACGUGAGCUCAGGGCCCAGUGACGCCCUGCUACUGCUGGUGACGGGGUAUCUCCGUAAACCUUCCCUCCAAGCCCACCGAAGCGGCGCAGUGACCGAGGGACAAGAGGUGACCCUGCAGUGCCAGAGGCCGGCCACGGAGCUGGGGCCGGUCAUGUUCGCCCUGCUCAAGGCAGGAAGCGCAGCGCCGGUGCAGGUCCGGCCGUCGGCCGGGCGGGAGACCGACUUCUCCCUUCUGAACGUGAGCGCCGGGGACAGCGGGAACUACAGCUGCGUGUACUACCAGGCCAGGGCCCCCUUCCUGGCUUCACAGGCUAGUCCUCGCCUGGAGAUCCAGGUGGCGGCUUCCCUGCCUUCCAUAACCUCGGAUUACACCACGGGGAACCACAUCAGACUAGCUCUAGCCGCCGUAAUUAUGGUUAUUGUGGGGGCUUUCCUGCUUGAAGCCUGGUGUACACAGAGGCACAUCCGCGGGGAGUCAGGAUGA